GGCAAACAUGAGGCUAUACGCGUUAUUUACUGUAAUCUUUUUUGUUGCCACAAUUAACGCGGCUAGUAUUUUUCAAAAAACAGAAAUUCAGCAAAAAGUGCGCUAUGAUAACUACAAGGUUUUUAAAAUCAAGUACGAAACCGAAAUGCAGCGACAAAAGCUGCUCGAUUUGACCAAAAUAUAUCAGAGUUUCCGAUUGUGGCACGAGGAUAGUUCUGAGUGUUAUUUGAUGGUCGCGCCAAAUGCAUUGCCAUUUUUCGAGGAAACAUUGAAAAGAAAUAAUGCUAGUGCUGAGAUCCUUAUUGCAAAUGUACAGGAUUUGAUCGAUAAAGAGAAUGAGGCGGAUGCAAGGGCUUCUGAUAAGUUCGGUUGGACACGCUAUAAUAGCUUGGCUGAAAUUGAUGCUUGGCUGGAUGAAAUACUCGCUGGCUAUCCGGAUGUUACUGAUGGGUUUGUCGUCGGUAAAUCAUAUGAGGGUCGUGACAUACGCGGCAUAAAGAUCUCAUAUAGAUCAGGAAACCCGGGCGUCUUCAUAGAAUCCAAUAUACAUGCGCGCGAAUGGAUAACCUCAGCCACGGCCACGUGGUUGAUCAAUGAGCUACUCAGCUCUAGCGAUGAUCUGGUGCGGGAUUUGGCCGAAAGCCAUGACUGGUAUAUUGUGCCGGUGCUAAAUGUAGAUGGAUUUGUCUACACCCACGAAAAAGAUCGUUUGUGGCGUAAGACACGUCAACCUUCGAACAUUUCCCAGUGCAUUGGCGUUGAUCCGAAUCGAAACUACGACUCGCAUUGGAUGGAGAAUGGCGGCGCUUCCUCGGAUCCCUGCAAUGAGGCCUACGCUGGGCCGCAUGCAUUCUCGGAGCCGGAGACGAAGGCCUUGUCGGAUUUUGUGGCCAGCAUCAAGGAUAAACUGAAUAUUAUGAUAGCCUUCCACUCCUAUAGUCAACUCUUGUUAUCACCUUAUGGGCAUACCAAAGACGAGGUCCCGGAGAACUACGAUGACCUAAUGCAAGUUGCCAAGGCCUAUAGCGAUACGGUUAAGGAUCUGCCCUAUGGCACAGUGUACAGAUACGGCUCGUCAGCUGGCAUUCUCUAUCCCGCCUCAGGCACCACUAUCGAUUGGGCAUACAACGAACAGGAUAUCAAAAUAUCCUACACCAUUGAGUUUCGUGACACCGGGAAUUUCGGGUUUGUACUGCCAUCUGCGUUCAUAAUACCCAAUGCCGAAGAGGCAUUGAUUGGUAUAAUUGCCCUACUGGCUGAAUCAAAAGAGUUGGGUUAUUUGGAACCCAAAUACAUAUAACCAUGUUGUCGCUUGGCAGGUAAACUACAAUAAGCAAAUAAAACAACGUUAAUUUAAA